AAUGUGGUGUUGGCGGCGGGCGGACGUGCAUUGAUUCGUCUCUCUUGACACGAGAGAGAUACAGAGAGAGAGCGCUGUGACUGCCUCCUCGCGGUUCAGCUCCUGUCCCGCGCGGUUCCCCUCGAGCCGAGAAAUAGUCCUGCUGGUCAUAAAAUACUCGAGCCUACCUCCGGAUCCUGGAUGCUGACGAACUGAAUAUCGACGACUCUUCCCAACUAUAUUAUUUUUCGGAUAUUGAUCGGACCCAGAGCUUCAUUGGCGCUCGUUGCGCCCCAGCUGUGAGGGUGAUCGUACCCAAUGAUUACCCAUGUCUACACAUUGACCUCAGCGAAUUAGUGACAUUGACCCCAGUGGAUUAGGGACAUUGACCCCAGCGAAUUAGUGAAAAUGACCCAAGUGGAUUAGUGACAUUGACCCCAGUGGAUUAGUGUCAUCGUGUCUGCAAUAUCUUAGAUAAACGGGCCUAUAGUUCCGAAGGUCUCUUUGGUCGAAAACCUAGUUUUAGCGAUCAUGUUAUUUCUUUGCUAUUUGUGAACUGGGUAGAAAGUUGCGAACAGCCGAGGUUGUAAAAAAAAGAUCCCACAUCCGGAAUGCUGCUUUAAGGUACAGUGUGUCUCCCUAAGGUCGCUCACAAUGUGAGCUACAAUGGAAAUGCUAGAACCGUUGGUCCUCUUAGUGGCCCUUAUCCUACUAGUCCUUAUGAUUGCUCUCACCCAAGUUGUCCUCGACGGUAACUUAUUCCUUCUAUAGAACGUUUUUGUGACCAUUUUUUUCCCCCAAAAUAAUGAGAGAGAUUAUUUGAGGAACUUGUCUUGUUUUUGACAGUGUAGGUAUUUAGACCGAUUCUCAUGCUGAAUAUUCAGAGGAUGACUUCAAUAAAUCGGUUUGCAAUGAAUCCAUUCUAUUUCAAAUAGUUCAGUGUAAUCAAGUGUUUUUUCCAGUAUGAAACGUUAUGAUUGAAAUAUUUUUCUCAAAUACAAAUAAUCUGAGAAACGAAGACAUAUAGAGGGGGCGGGGAAAAGAGAUGCGGGGCUUACCAGAAAAUCAAGAUGCAAUUCGAAAUGACUUGGAGGAACAACAUGUGAAAAAAUGAAAUUACGCAACCACUUGCGAAUGUGUCAUCGAGUCAACUCAACAGGUGUCCGGAAGCGGAACGCCAUGAAGUGAUAACAGGAAUCCGACCGUGAAACCGGGCCCGCAUAGAUCCUUUUAUUUAGGUAUAUAGAUUAACUCGAACCGCGUUCAUUUCGUAGGUGAUUUCCUUCUACUUUGAUGCAGCGAACCAUUACCUUUUUAUCCACCUCCCCGCGGGCCCAAUCGUUAGAGAAUUAGAAACGGCACUUUUGGGAGUAUCUUAGAGAUAUUAUACUUUCUGUUGAGGAAUAGCAGACAUACCUAUCCAGCGCUUGACCUACAAGUCUUUUUCGAACGCUGGUCGCCUCAGCUCAAGGAAGAGAGCUGAUCGUAUAUGCUCCUAUAUCAGCAGUGGAAAUGCAUCUUUCACCUUUCAUAUACUCUACUUUCGAGGUGGACUAAUACUGAUAGUUAAGGAAAGUUGCGUCCCUGCCAUUGAUAAGAAAAGCGAUUCAAGUAUCCUAGUCAACAUUUUGAUCACUAAGCAGUGAAUUCUAUGAAGGCAUAGAUACGAUGACUGGAGAUCUUUGGUAAUUUGUUGGCUAAAUCACUUGUUGAUGUGAAAAUAAAUCAACAAAAGUCAGUUCUUCAGUAUUUAAUCAUAUAGAUGGUAACCUUCUGUGUCUCAAGAGACUUCGGACACCGUCAUAGAGAUAAUUCCUAGUUAGGAAGUGGUCCGUUGUUAAUAAUCCUAUUAAUUGUUUCGUGUGAUCUGCACCUAGACACUUGGCAAGAUUAUAGAAAAAAAUGUUAUAGUUCAUAUAAAUUUAUAAGGAAAUCUAACGAAUAAAGAAUUAACCGGAUAUUAAAAGAUGUACAUCAAUGUACCCCUUACACAACGCUUAUGAAAUGUAAUACAAUAACAUAGAUGUUUCGUGUCCCUUUGUACGUAUUAGCUAAGGAAGUGAUACGAAAUUGAUGUCGUACUAAAAUAUGUGUCUAUUCUGCAAUAAAGUGAAAAGAUGUAUGAACCUUUUGAAAUGAUGAAAAACAUGCAGUUUGCAAAAAGGCCUUUAUUUGGGAGAGAGAGCAUUACGGACCUCCAAGCUCCCCGUCGCGAUAAUGUUAUAGGUUUGAUCAACUGAGGUUAUCGAAGGAGAACAUUCGUCUAUGCUCAAGAUGCGAAAGAAUUACUCAUUGAUCUUAGGCAUCAUUUUGGCCUCCUGGCUUUUGGAAGUCAGUCCCAGUACAACCCAGAACAGGACGCCGUACACGGGCUUCCUCCUGAAGCCACAGGAAGAUAAAAUGUGGCCGAGGGACCCGAAGUCCAAGAGGAAUCAUGAUCCUUACGCCGAGUCCGUCGUGUAUCUGGAAUCGUCCGCCCAUGAACGCACCCUCCAGUCCGGCCUUUUCUCCUCCUCCUCCUCCUCCUCGACGCCACCUAACCCCAACAAACGCCUCCUGGCUCGCUCCAACUCCCACGACUAUUACCUCCCCCCUCCCCCUGCUUCGACUUCGUCCUCCUCCUCGUCCUCGUUGCUCUCCUCCGCUGCUGCUGCUGCUGCUGUGUUCGAUGCCUCCAGGACAAUCAAGAGGGAUUACAGCAUGGACAAAUGCAGCAGCGAACAGCAAAAUAACUCGGCCAAGGAGCAGCGAGAUUACAUCAACAAGUACAUCACCCUCGACUAUAAUGAGGCCAGCGAAAAUAUAACCAUUGGAUUCUUGUCGUCGUUUUCCAACAAUAAGUUAGCAUUGGGAGCUCUACCAAUCGCUGUCGAGGCUGUGAACAGCGACCCGACGCUCCUCCCGGGGAAGAGGCUGCUGUACGAAGUGGCCGACGUUGGGAACAGCAACCUGGAGGCCCUGGCUGCUCUCUCGAUUCGUCGCAUGACCGCCAUGCGGGACGCUGGACAUCUGGCCUUCAUCGGACCCGACGAUAAUUGCGCCAACGAGGCCUUGGUGGCAGCUGCUUGGAAUCUCCCGAUGAUCACCUACAAAUGUGCUGACAAAAGAGUGAGCGACAAAUCCAAGUACUACACUUUUGCGAGGACACUUCCGCCGUCGACCAAAAUCGUGAAAGCCCUGAUCUCCCUCAUGAAGAAGUACGACUGGAAGCAGUUCGUGCUCCUGACGGAGAACACCAAGAAUUACCUUCAGAUUGAGGAGGCUGUGAAGAGUUUCUCCGAGCACCAUGGAAUAAACAUCACUCACCAGUACAGCGUGGCGUACAAUUAUACCCUGGGCAGUUACGACACCAUGGAGAAAUACGUCAAAGGGAGUUUGCAUUCGACGAGGAUUUACGUCCUUCUGGCGUCCCAGGAGGUCCAGUGGGACUUCGUGUCUGUUUUGAGGUGGGAAACCAAAGACCAGCUGAAGGAGUACGCUAUCAUCAUAGAUGACGAUAAAUAUAACGAGACUUCUAAUGGAUUUAGGGUGCCGGGCAAGUAUCAUGGCGUCUUCAACAUCACCGGGAAUUUGGAAGUUCUCUACCAGAGUUUCCGUGUCGUCGUGAAGAUCACACCGGCCUAUCCCACCAAUGAAAUCUACAAGGAAUUCGAGAAGCAAGUUCUCAGUCGGAUAAAGCAGUAUCCAUUUUGUGUCCCUUAUAACCCUGAGCUGUUCCCCUACAUAGAGGUGCCAAUCUUCGCCGCUCACCUGUACGACGCGGUCAUGAUUUACGCGAACGCCCUGAACCAGACUCUGUCAGACCCUGGCGCCGAUCCUGCCAACGGCACCCAUAUCCUGUCGCUGAUCAAAAAUAAAGCCUUCCCUUCCAUCCAGGGAUUUAAGAUUUACAUAGACGAGAAUGGAGACGCCGAAGGAUCGUAUUCCCUGCUUGCCAUAAGGAAAGUGAAUUCACCACCGUCGCCUUCGAUGAGCUGGCAUAAAGUGGGCGAGUUUCUUUUCCACGACAAGAAUCACGUGCCAAAUGCGAUGGAGAAUUUGCCCAGUCUUACGGUCAACGAGGAGAUCUAUUGGCUGGGAGGGGCCCCACCAAAAGACUCCCCUAAGUGUGGUUUCAACUUCGAGAAGUGCGACCAACAGUGGCAUUCCACGGUCGUCGUCAUAUCCGUGUCCUUCUUGCUCGUUGCUGUGAUUUUGUUUUUUCUUUUCCGUCACUACAGGUACGAACACAGACUUGCUUGUCUACUCUGGAAAAUCGACAUGAGAGAAGUCAAAGUGAUCAACACGGAGAUCCCCUCUUUUGGCCACACCAAGAAUAACACAAUCCAGGUGUACCGGCAGAGUCUUUUCGCCGGAGGGGGCAACGAGUCCCAAGCAGAGGCUCCCCGGAUGUCCUACUGCAAAAUGGGACUCUACAAGGGGAACAUCGUGGCCAUCAAGCGCAUAGAGAAGCGCUCCCUUGAUCUCACCAGAAGCAUCAGGAAGGAGCUGAAACAGAUGCGGGAGGUGAGGCACGAGAACCUGCUUCCCUUCAUCGGGGCGAGUGUCGAUACAGGCUGCGUGUGUAUUCUGACGGCUUACUGCGCUCGAGGGUCACUGGAGGACGUCCUUCAAAACGAUGACCUGCAACUCGACAACAUGUUCGUUGCUUCUCUCGUCGCCGAUCUUAUCAAGGGUAUGAUUUACCUUCAUGACAGCGAGAUCAUUUCCCAUGGCAAUCUUCGAUCAGGCAACUGUCUGAUCGAUUCUCGGUGGGUUCUUCAAGUUGCGGAUUUUGGCCUUCACGAGUUUAAGGCUUCCCCAGAAAUGGUGUGCGAUUCCAGAAAGAAAUUAUGGCGAGCGCCAGAGCUUUUGCGCGUACCAGGGGCACAUCCACGAGGUACGCAAAAGGGAGACGUUUAUUCCUUUGGUAUCAUUUUGUAUGAGGUGGUUGGACGGAAAGGUCCCUGGGGUUCGCUGUUGGACCGGUACAACAUUCAAGAGUUGUUGUGUGGUGUGGCUUCAGGCAUGGAGCCUCCCCUCCGCCCUCCAUUAGACACGCUGAAGGCUCCUGAAUAUGUCCAAAGGUGUUUGCGGGAGUGCUGGGCAGAAGACCCGGACGAAAGACCCGAUUUCAAGCUCGUCAGAGUGCGCCUUAAGGAAAUGCAGGCAGGCUUGAAGCUAAAUAUUGUAGACAAUAUGUUAGCUAUCAUGGAGAAGUAUGCCUACAAUUUAGAAGGCAAAGUGCAAGAACGAACAAAGCAGCUUGUGGAAGAAAAAAAGAAGACCGAGAUAUUGCUCCUUCGAAUGCUUCCGAAAUCUGUGGCGGAGUCUUUGAAACGAGGAGAGAAGGUCCCUCCAGAAAGCUAUGAUAAUGUCACCAUAUAUUUUAGUGAUAUUGUGGGAUUCACUGCUUUGUCGGCAGAAUCAACGCCACUACAGAUGGUGGAUAUGCUCAAUGAACUUUAUACUUGCUUCGAUGCUAUUAUAGGCGAUUAUGAUGUAUAUAAAGUAGAGACAAUUGGAGAUGCCUAUAUGGUGGUUUCGGGAUUACCUAUUUGCAAUGGAGACCAGCAUGCUGCAGAGAGCUCCAUGGCGCUAAAACUUCUCUUGGCAGUGAAGAAGUUCACCAUCAGACAUCGCCCAGGGGACACCUUGAAACUUAGAAUCGGUAUUCAUUCAGGUCCUUGUGUGGCUGGGGUUGUAGGAUUAACGAUGCCCAGGUACUGCCUUUUUGGAGACACUGUCAACACUGCUUCGAGAAUGGAAUCUACAGGAGCUGCAUUACGAAUACACAUAUCUGAAGCUAACAAGCUGAUGUUGGACAGAUUAGGUGGAUACGUCGUUGAAGAGCGUGGAAUGACAUAUGUAAAAGGUAAAGGGCACUUGAGAACCUGGUGGCUGACAGGGGAGCAAAAGGAGGAAGUCAGGUCUCAAAAGAGCUUCCCUCAUGAAAACAGCGAUACAACUCCAACUUGCUGUCCAUCACCAACUAAUAUCUUUAAUCAGUCUUUAUCUGCCUGUCCUUCACCCAGUGCAACAACUAGUCUACCUUCUACAUUACAUAAUCAUAUUACAUCUCAUAAAACAUCACCCAGUAGCUGUUCAUCCCCUGUCAUAAGUCCGUAUUCAGCUCCUAGUCAAACGCUCAACAAAAUCAUCUCAAACAUUCCUUCACAAAUUGUGAACAGCUGUCCUUCACAUAUCAGUUCUGCUUCCUCACCGACAUCUCACUAUUCCCCAAAUAACUGCCACUCACCCACCGACGCUCUUUCGAAAACAAACCACUGUACUUCACCUGGUAACCUCCCUGCAUUAAGUAAAUCUCAUUCUGCAACAUUAAAAAAUUCUCCUACUAGCCAAAACUGUAUCACACUCCAAAACAAGUCCUUAAUUUCGAAAAAUGCUUUCCCAUAUCACAGCAGUUCUCAACCAAACACAGUUUCAACUCACAUCCAUCACUACCCAGAUACAUCCAAAAAGUCAAAUUUAUCCCCGACAGCUCAAUCUCCAAACAUUUUCUCUUUCCAAAGUACCUCACCAACCACAAAGCAAAAUAAUUUUGUGUAUAAACCACCGAGCCCCAAUACUCAGACCAGAAAAGAAUCAUUAAAAUCUGAUGGCAAGGAACAACGGAUUUCAAGCCCAUCAAACAGUAACAGCAGCACUUUGAGCAGUGUUGAUACUCCAGCAACAGUGAGCGAGAACUCAAUUCUCACAUCAUCAGUCACGGGGAACAUAGGUGUAAAUGAACAAAAGGAAACAAUUCCUCAAAGCAGCCCUUCAAGUUUCCUCAUCACCCACUCCAAGCCUCAGACUGGAUGGCGUCAACUAAAGGGAGAGGUGGAAAGUACCCCAGAGUGUGAUAAAGGUAAUAACAUUAACAAUAACAGCACUGGAAGUAUCAGUCAUGAAUCCACUUCAUCUGCUGAACCAAGGACAGCCACGAUCGUACAGGACCUAAGAAGCGGUAACUCUGUUACCCACCAUUUCUGCUCCUCGCCCACCUUUUCUCAUAGUCAAGAAGCCAAAGAAAACUUCGUUUAAAUAUUCUAAAGCCUAACAGUCUAUGUGAUUCUCUGCUUCCUUAUGAAUGAAAUAUUUAGUUUUGUAGCAACAUUGUACCUGGAUAUCUAAAGAAUAUAAUAAUUAGUAAGGUCUAAAUAAUAGUUUGUUUCAUUGAAAGCAUAAAAAGAGGACUUAGGAAGUAAAAGCAAAAUGCUGAAAGGUUAUUAGUACCGUACUAUAAACUAGUCUUUGGCUGAAUUCUAGGGACAUAUGUACUCUAAAAUUAUAAAUACUCCUGCACAGUGUAUUCGACGCCUUGUGGAGUUGUAACUUUUACCGAAGCACAGAAAUUAUUUGAAUUCAAGCUUGAACAUUCCACGUGAACUGCAAAAUAGUAAAAUAUCGAAGUCUUAAGAUGCACAAAAUCAGUCGUAACAUAUCGUAAAGAACGAAAUGAAAACAAUCGAAUAGUCAUAAUACACUGUCCAGUUAUUAUGGUAAAAAUUGCAUGUUCACCAAGAAAAUUUUCACCUUUAAAUGGAUUUAAUUUUAUAAUCUAUAUGAAUACAAUUCUUCUUUUCUGAUAUUAACAGUUCAACAUACCAUAUGUAACUCUGAGCUUAAUCUACGUGUAUUUGCAAGGCAACAUAAUUAUCUUAAUGUAACCAUUUUUAACAUUUGUCGAACACAGAGGUGUAUUAGCUGUUUAUUGCAUUAACUGUUCCUUUAAAACUGCCCAAGACUAUAGUAGUACAGUUGGGAAAUGCCAAAACUAUUUUAUUUUUGUAAAAAAUGAAAAACUGAAUCUUAUCAGGAAGAAAUGAUUUAACUGUAAUUACAUAUAGAGAUCCUUUUUAAACAUACCAAUGCCAAACUCAUAAACUGAAUUCCCUGUGCAAA